UGUACGAAGACCAGUCAUUUUGGGCGUAAAAUGUCUAAAAGCUUAACGCGUACAACCAACAAAUUAAACCCAAAAAAUGAAUCACAGCGGAAGACUUUCAAAUCACUUGCAACAGGUAAAACAGGUGCAACCACAUCGAAAAACAGCACGGAGAAAGUCAAGGAACAAGAGAACACUGAAAGCCAGAAAACCCAGCGAAAAACCGCAAAGACUACAAAGACUACAUUAGCCGGAACAACAACAGCUAAAACAUCAACGUCAUUGCUCGCAAGCAAAAAUAAGGAGCAUGAGUCUGUUUCUCAUACGAGCAAACGAGCAACCCCAUCACCAACAACAAAGGCUACUGCAAGCACAUUGCGUGCUGCCAUAGCGAAACAACCACCUGCCAGCAAGGCUAAGCCCAAUGCGGUGCUGGACACAUAUCAUAGUGUGACGGUGUCAUCGCCACCGCAAAAGCGCAGAGUGCAGUCAAAACAAGCAAUAGCGACAGCUAGCCACGUGGAUACCGUUGAGGAGGAUAGGCAAACGCCACGUGCUCGCUCCUUUUCACGCACACUGCAGCCCGAUGAAAUAGUUGUGCUUAAGCGGGAAUCGGCCAAGCAGCGCAGCGAAUUGGAUGUACUGCAACAAGUCAAACAAGUUAAGCAGCCAGUCGCCUUUGAAGUUAACUUUGAUGCAGCUAAAAAGCAAGCAAUUGACUUAGACAAUUACUCUGAUGAUUUUGAGUCUUAUGAAUCGGACUUUGAGACAGAUGCCAGUACACCCGAAGAGGAAGACUUGGAGGGGGACGAAGAUCAAGUAGAAGAAAGUGAAGAUGCAGAGCAAGAUGUACGAGAAAUCAACUUCACUGAUGACAACCGAGAAGAUGCGGAAGCAUAUACAGAGGAGGAGGAUGAGGAAGACUCUGAGCCCACGCAAAACCCAAUUACGGUUAUUCAGCGUGAUAAGGAGCUGGAGAGAAAAUUGGAUUCAGGCCACUAUGACAUGCACUCACGUCGGCAGCAACGUGUCGCUGCACAACAGGAAUUCGACAGCUUCGACACGAACAGCAUGGCCAAUUCUGAGCAACUAGACUCGGGCAUUAGCAGCUAUGGCGUUGCAGGAGCAGUAGAGCUGGCCAACAGCCGACAGUCGACAGCGGAUGUGCAUUACGGCGGCUAUGUUAAUUUUAUUUCACAUCCUGUUAUAAGCCGGCGUGGUCAGGAACUGAUGCGUAAGCUGCGCUUUGAUCAUCUGGACUAUCAGCUGUUCGAGAUGAAGCCGCUAAGCUAUGAGGGAUAUAUGCAAAGCUAUGGCAAACUAAAUACUUGCCAAAUGGCCACCCAAACGCACUCCCAGCACAUGGAUAACGAAUGCCAGACAGUGGAGUUGCACUCGCGCACCAGCUGGACACAGCACCCACCGCAUUAUGGCAGUCAGUUGGUCCUUAGCUGCAGUGGUGAUGCAGACAAUGACAGUGACACGCUCAUAGCACAGACAAAUGAUGUCUUUGACUGCAGCUUGGCACGCCUGGAGCAACUGCGCCAGGCUGAGCAACAACGCGCAAUGCGGCAGCAACAACAGCGUUUGACCAAACCCAGCGAUUUGAAUCGGUUAGGCGUGUUUCUGCAUAAGGCAUCCAUGCUGUUAGGCAAAGUACUGAGUUCCAAUUGUCCGACUCGUUCACCACGCCAAGUUCCGGCACUGCAGACCGGCCUACUUAAUGCAGUCCCUGUGCGUCGCAUCUUUGGCAGCGCUGGGCAGCAGCAGCUCGUGGUUACGGUGCAUGAGUGUCCACCAGAGUGCAAUGUUUAUCGAGAUGAUUUCGCCAAUCUGCUGAUGGUUUGGUCUCUGACGGAUCCCAGCAAACCGCUGCGUCUGCUGUCCACCUGGGCGGAAGUAUGUCGUGUAGCGUUUUGCAGCGAAGCACCCGACAUAGUUGUGGCAGGCUUGCGCGACGGCAGCAUCGCCAUGUGGGAUUUGCGCGAAACAUACAGCUUUUGCUCCAAGUUAGAUGGAAAUUUGACACAUUUUGCAGCCACGCAGUCGGUAGUGCCCACUAUGGACAGCCAAGGGUUAACAGCCUUGGAUUUGGGUGCCGUAGUAGAUGUGCGCAGCUUUCGCCCGACGCCUAAUUCAAGUGGCAUUGGUCUGAACACCAGUUUGGCCCUGGUACACAAGGAUGUUCAGUAUGCAUCGCUUAAUGAUUCGGGUCUUCUAACCAUUUGGUCACUAGUGGACACUGAGCCGAAUUGCGGAGCAUCAACCCGAAACGAAUACAACUCACCCUGGGCCAGGGUUAAGUUACUGCAAGCGGUGAGUUGUGAUCUGCGUGGCUAUCUGGAGCGUCGUUUGCUGAAGCGAAGCCAAACCGACUACGACAAGACCAAGUCCCUGUUUCAGGGCAACGUCUAUAGCGACGAGCUGUUGCGUGAGCUGAACGAAACCCAAACACUAACAACAACUUUGGCUGGUCAGGGUGUGCAAGGACUACGCUUCAGCAGCAUUGAUACAGGCAACGACCUAAUAUAUGUGUGCACCAAUCGUAACUUUGUGUUGUGCUGCACGCGCAGCCUUAAAACGGAACGCUUUACACGUAUCGGGCUCCACGAGAGCCGAUUUCUGUUUCCCACGGCACUUUGCGUACUCGCCAACGAGUAUUACGUCGCUGUGGGCUUGUCCAAUGGCUCCGUUGUAAUACUCAACUGCAACCAGCGACAGCGCCAACGUGUACAGCGACCAGUGACGGCCAUGCCGCAGCCAACUGUGGAGUAUGAGCCCGAAACAGGCAAAUCUUGCGCUAUACAAAACAUUAUACUCAACGAGCGACGUUCCUUUGAGCAACAAGAGCUGAUGAGCACUGUCAGUGGCAGUGGCAACGGCAACUAUGAUGCACGACCGAAUACUGCCUUGCAACUGCUGCAGCAGCCCCGCCGUGCAUACGAAUUGCAAGUUUUUGAUCAACAGCUGCUGCUCAGCGGCAGUGUCUUGCGGCAAAACCUUGUCCAAGCCCUUGUUCAGUCCAGCGAUGGUUGGCGGCUGUACGCUUUAUCCAAUGGCUCUGUACGCAGCUACGAUUUCCAUUUGGAUCGUGAAUUGACGGAUGUUGGCCUACAAAUUGGCUCACCUGUCACGGACAUUGCUGCUUCGAGCAGCUCUUCAAGCAACCAGCAAUUGUUGCUGCUUGCGGCAGAUGGAGGAGUGCAAAUGCACUCCGUCAAUUUGUAG